AUGCCUUCCUUUGAGGAAGCGGAGUCUGGAGACUCCGAGACUUACUCCACUUCUUGUUUUGUGGCCACUUACUCCAAUGUCAUCGGGACCAUCGCCGGCGACAAAGUUCGGCUCGCGGGCCUGAGCGACCCGACGGCGGGCGUCGCGCGCAACGGGCGCGGGAUGUCCGAGCAGUGGCCGACGUCCGCGGGCGGCGGGCGCCCGCGCGCGGAGCGCUCGGCGAACGUCCGCCGCCGACUGGCGGCGGCGGCCUUCGCCUUAUCCCUCCUGACGCUCGUCGCGGUCACCGCCGUGGCCGUGGCGCUGGGCGUCCGUUUCGAGGAGUGCGGGGGACCCGAGGAGGAGGAGGCGCCGGCGCCAGGACAGAGGGGCGCCGACCGGGCGAGCGGCGAAAGAGGGGAUCGGGCGACCGCCGCCGAGGAGGACGAAGAGGGGUCGCGACCCUGGCUGAGGAGCCGACUGCCGGGCUCGUUGCGUCCGCGCCACUACGACCUUAACGUGGCCGUCUACAUGGACAACUUCACCUUCUCGGGAGACGUCAGCAUCGACUUGGAGUGCGUCAACGCCACCAGAUUUGUGGUGCUGCACGCCGACAGACUCGAGGUGUCGAGCGUGUCGCUGACGGGCGGUCGUCCGGGGAGUGGAUCCAUCCACGUGCAGCGCCACUUCCUGUUCCCGGCCAACCAGAUGCUGGUGUUGGUCCUGCACCGAGAACUCACAGCCUCGCAGACGUACCGCCUCAACGUCACCUUCGACGCCGCCAUCGAGGACGAGCUGCUGGGCUUCUUCAGGAGCUCCUACGCGCUCUACGGCGAAAGACGGUACCUGGCAGUGACCCAGUUCAGCCCGACGCACGCCCGCAAAGCCUUCCCGUGCUUCGACGAGCCGGCGUUCAAGGCCACCUUCUCCUUGAGCCUGCGUCACGACCCGCAGUACGCGUCCCUGGCCAACAUGCCGCCGCUGGCCACCGAGGAGGACGAGGACGGCUGGACGCGCCGGCGCUUCGCGCGCACGCCGCGCAUGUCCACGUACUACUUGGCCUGGGCCGUCUGCAACUUCACGUAUCGAGAGACGCGCAGCGACGGCGGGGUGGCGAUCCGGUUGUACGCCCGACCGGACGCCAUCGCGAGCGGCGCGGGCGACUACUCGCUCCGCAUCACCGAGCGUCUUCUGGGCUUCUACCAGGACGUCUUCCGAGUGGGCUACUCGCUGCCCAAGUUGGACCUGCUGGCGGUGCCCAAGCACCCCUAUGCCGCCAUGGAGAACUGGGGCCUGAGCGUCUUUGUGGAGCAGAAGAUCCUGCUGGACGCCAGGGUGUCCUCGUCCUCCUACCAGAUGGAGCUGACCAUGGUGGUGGUCCACGAGAUCUGCCACCAGUGGUUCGGUGACCUGGUGACGCCGGUGUGGUGGGAGGACGUGUGGCUGAAGGAAGGCUUCGCUCACUACUUUGAGUACGUGGGCACCGAUUUCCUUUUCCCCAAGUGGAACAUGGAGAAGCAACGAUUUCUGACCGACGUCCUCCACGAGGUCAUGUUGCUGGACGGCCUGAGUUCCUCGCACCCAAUCUCGCAGGAAGUGCGGGACGCCGCCGACAUCGACCGCGUUUUCGACUGGAUCGCCUACAAAAAAGGGGCGGCGCUGAUCCGGAUGCUGGCCAACGUGAUGGGACAGACACUCUUCCGCAAAGGACUUCACGAUUAUCUGCAGAGUCACAUGUACGGCAACGCGGCACGCGACGACCUGUGGAGGAAACUGUCUCAGGCCAUGAGGUCAGAGGGGCGGGACAUUGAUAUCGGCGCCGUGAUGGACGGGUGGACUCUGCAAAUGGGCUACCCGGUUAUCACCAUCGGCAAGAACCAAUCGGAGCGGCUCGGCGCGCGUUACGUCACCGUCAACCAGGAGCACUUCCUGUAUGUCCAAGAAGGGCGGGCCAACAGCAGUCUACAGUGGCAGGUGCCGUUGACGGUGGCUGUGGGAAACGGCUCUCGGGUGUGUUCGGAGACGCUCAUCUGGAUCCGCAACAAGACCGAAACCCACACGAUGAGCGAGAUGAGCGACAAGACCUGGUUGCUAGGCAACAUCAACCAGACGGGAUACUUCCGCGUCAACUACGACCUCCAGAACUGGAAGUUGCUGAUUCAGCAGCUGCACGCCGACCCUCAGGUCAUCUCCGUCGGCAACCGCGCGGGACUCAUCGAUGAUGCUUUCAACCUGGCCAGGGCCGGUUACCUUCCCCAAGGCGUGGCGCUGCAGCUGCUAGGCUACCUGCCCGAGGAGACCUCCUUCCUGCCCUGGCACGCCGCCAGCCGGGCGCUCUACCAGCUGGACAAGCUGCUGGAUCGCACCGACGACUACAAGCUCUUCGGCGAUUACGUGCUGAAGCAAGUGGCCGCGCGCUACCAUCAGAUGGGCUGGCCUACCGACGCGGAGAACGGCGAGACCUCCGUCCUGCGGGCGUCCUACCAGACCGAGGAGCUGCGGCGGGAGCUCAUCAUGUUGGCCUGUAGCUUCGGAAACAAGCACUGCCACCGCCAGGCCGUCGCUCACAUCUCCGACUGGAUCUCCAGCAACAAGAACGGGAUCCCUCCCAACGUUCGAGACGUGGUCUACUGCACGGGCGUCAGUCUGAUGGACGAGGACGUCUGGGAGUUCAUCUGGAUGAAGUUCCACUCGUCCAACGCCGUCUCCGAGAAGAAGAUCCUGUUGGAGGCGCUCACGUGCUCGGACGACGCCUUCCUGCUCAACAGGUUGCUGAACUUGUCGCUGACGUCGGAUCUGGUGGCCGAGCAGGACGCCAUCGACGUGAUCAUCCACGUGGGCCGCAACCCCCGAGGCCGCAACCUGGCGUGGAGGUUCUUCCGCCAAAAGUGGGACGUCCUCAACGCGCGGUACGGCGAGGCGCUCUUCAUGAGUUCCAAGCUGAUCGGCGGCGUGACCGAGUUCCUGGACACGGAGAAAGAGCUGGACGAGCUCAAGCACUUUAUCCAAUCGAGCGGCGUGGUAACGGGGCCCGCGUUGGCACGGGCGCUGGAGAUGGUGAAGGGCAACGUUCGCUGGCACCGGCUCCACCGCCGACACCUCUACCAAUGGUUGCGCAAAGCUCCCGCUCACGGCUAA